ACACCGUGCUAUUAAUCAUAAACACAGUUUCACUGAAGAUUUUGACGUGUGUGAGAGAGAUGUAGUCUGGGGCAGGUGUAAUAUGAAUGCAUGCUGGUGUUUCUGUCACAUAAGUGCGUGACUCAUCCUGUAGGCCUGAUGUGCAAUCAGUGAUUGCGUUUAUUGGGAGGACAGUCGUCGGGGGAUCGAUCCUAAACCCGGUUUCAUUCAUGCGUGGUGUUGAUCUCAGAGGAUCACGAGCCUGAUGGAGACACAACAAGACCGAUCGAGAUUUGCUGCACUUCUAAAACACACGGGCAAUUAAAACAAGUGGCACAUCCAGCAACAGUUCACCAUCUUCUGCUACAAUAACAGGCUGCCAUCUGAGAAACCGCGGAGAUACAGUGCGCAGGCUCUUCCAGCGCUCCUCUUCAGCAUCAAACCCCCCACAGCAGCGCACAGUGGACAUUCGGCCAACGCUUUUCCAGAUUUGUCCGUACGUAAACCCGAAGACAGUUGUGGAAAUCAAGCAGAACACUUAGAAACGACAAGAAGGGAAAAAAAAAUCACCCGGAGAACUCUUUUGGAACAUUAGUCAGUGGGAGAGCUGCUGUGCUUCGUGUUUCUCAUUUUUCCUCCACUGAACUCUCCUCAGAAGGUUAGAGGAGCAUGUAACUGAAACAAGUGGAGCCCUCGGUGAUUUCAGCAUUCUGUCUCCCCCAUCUGUGCCUACAUUCUCUGCUACAGAUAGGGACAUUUUGAUAAUUACAUAUAAUUAUAAUUUCUGUGGGAGACAGAUCUGCCUCUGUCUAUUAUUGCCAACACCUCCAACACAAUAACUUCACACAUUUACAUAUUUCUCCACAAAAGUGAUAUUCUUUCAACAUCGGAGACAAAUCAGGAAUAAUUUUACUUAGAGAGACAUGUCACACGGAGAAGCAAUGUGCCAUUCACUUCAUAUCUAAUUAGCGACACAGUUGAGUGACACGGGCAACAUUUUGUGCCUACAAGCUGAAGGCAGAGCACUUAAAAUCAUGACAUUUGCCUCAUUUUUGCAAUGUAUUUCACAGGCUGGGAGUCGUUUCUUUGCUUUAUGAUUACUCCCAAUUUUCAGUGCUUGCGGUCUUCUAGCACUUAACCAGAGCCAUUCUCAUUAUCACCCACAGCCCAGUCACAGUAACGGUCCGUGCCAGGCGAGUACUGAGCACAAUAAUCCAGCCAUAGAAAAGACUGAGAUAAAGUACACAGUGUAUCUAUAGAUGUGAUGGGUGCCGAGAACAGGCUAACGUGGAGAUAAUGCGGUACUCUAUAGAAACUAGGCCACACUAAUGGACAGUAUUUAUCAGUGGUGCAGUCAUUUAUUUCCAUUUGAUUGUUUACUAUGGCAAAAAGUGCCGAAUAUAUAAAAACAAAAUAGAUUUAAUAUCUUUUUCCUAUUUUCUUCCCCCCCCAGAAAGGAUUUGCUUACAGGUUAAACAAGUGCCAUUUCUGAAUGUACGUAGUGCCGGACUGUAAAAGGAAUGAAGAGAACAGAUAAACUUGUUUACAUUUAACAAAAAACUGGCCAUAGUCUAUUCUUUAAGUGCCAUCAGCGCAGGAAUGUACAGGAAUGCCAUAUUCUAUUAAAAAUACUUGCUCCUAACUUUGUGGUUGCAAAGCGUAAUUUCACCCCUGGUAGUAAAUGAGAUGUUUGUUCUUUUGUUCAGUAGGACAUGUAGGAUGAGGCAUUAAAGACUAAAAGCAUGAAGAUUGUUGUUUUCAAUCUGUGCUUUUUACUAAACCGCAUCCAUUUGAGUGUUCUCGAAUCGAGAGGGGAUUUUAGAGGGCAAGAGAUGAAGUCAUUACACUUUCAGAGCUCCCUUCUAACAGGAAAUUAAAAACAUUUUAAUACCAUUAUCACCAAUUAUUGAAACUUACAAAAACAUUUUGAUACUGUUUGUACUGUUUUUUUCAUUUUUAUUGUUCCCGACCUUUUUUAUUAUUAUAACACCUUAUAAAUACGAACAACACAAAAAAUCAGAUUUGCGAUUUCAUCAGCCAGCAUUACUGAAUGAAACUCCAGUACCCAGUACAUGCUGAAUGCAUCACAUGCCAUUUUAGUGGGUUAAACUGCAGAAGCGGAUACACCGUUGCAACUGCAUUGACUCAAUAAAAGAAAAUAGAUGUCUUAGUCAUGUAAAAAUGCCGCCCACCACCAAUCUCCGAGUCCUCGCUGUCUCCCUCCUCUCCCUCCUCACUGCCCCUCUUGCUACCGUCGUGGAGGCCUCUCCGUCCCCACCUCCUCAGCACCUAGACCGCUCAGGGAGACCGUUCACGGAGGAGCCCGACACUGGUUCCAGCUCCUCGCUCAUGCUCCUCGCCAUCCAGGCCAACCUCAGGCCAGCUGCUCUCCAAGGAAGGACAAAAACUCCGGAGACACUCCCAGAAACCGCAGAGGAAGUUCUAGAGACUCCUCCGAGACCCCUGCCCCAGGUAAUGUUCCCCAAGAAUGUAACUUCAGCAGAGGCCCUCGCACCUCCCCUAGGUGCAGCCCAGGUGGCACCUGUAAUGGAUGUAUGGGUGGACGGAUGCAGAGGAUAUUACGACGUAAUGGGACACUUUGACAGCGCUUUCAACUGUUCCAAGGACACAUUCAUCUAUUGCUGCGGAACCUGCCACUACCGCUUCUGCUGUCCAGACCGAAGUCGCCAACUGGACCAGGACAACUGUAAAAACUACGACUCUCCAGACUGGGCCAAGCCACAGACGGAGCCCAUGAUUACACCAGAUGACUCAGGUUCUGACCCAGACUUUGAUCCACUGAAGCAGCAGAGCCACAACACGGGCUUUGUCAUCGGUGGCGUGGUUGUGUUUAUGGUGGCUGUCGCAGUAGGCAUCAAGGUGGUCUUCAACAAGGUGCAACAGGAAGCCAACCAAAGGGACCUGAACAUGCCCAGAGCCCUGGUGGACAUGUUGCGGCACCAGUCGAGCCCAGUCCAGCAGGAUGAGAGAAACAACAGCGUGGCUCUGGCUGUAGGAGACGGCCAGGGGACACUGGGGAGACCGCCGAAAAAUCUCUACGCCCCCGGGCUGCCCAGCAAAGACAACAGAUUGGGCAAUUUGCAACACAAUUUCAUCCACUCAUCAGGCUCCAGUCCCAAGCACACUGCAACUAUCGAACGCACACCUCGGAUGAACAAUGCUCAGCUGGCAGCUGGAGGCACCCUGCUCUCCAGUAAGCACAACAACACCAAAUCGCAGCCUUCCUUCCACCACUCCCUGCACAACCUGGCCCAGCUGCCGCCCUCGUACGAGAGUGCCACCAAGCCUGAGCUCAACAGAUACUCCUCACUCAAACGGCUCGAGAAAGGUCUUGACGAGUACUCAUCUGGGUACUGCACCACCAAGCGCCGGCCUCACACAGCCCAGCCGGCCCUGCAGUCGUCUCAGCACCAUCUCCACUGGGGUGGAGACUACACCCUCAGUGGGCGAGGGACCCUCCCUAGACAUGCGGCUCGGCCCUGGAUCCCACCGCCACCUUCUGGCAUGCCUGCUUCACCCACUCCCAAUCCUUACCCUCUGGAUCCCCCAGAGCCCCAGCACAACCCCAACUACGACACUCUCUCCAAACCUCCGAGAAAAGUUAAGUCCACCGACCAGCUGCUCAACAUGGGUGACGUCCCUGGAAACACCGGGACCCUGUCCCGGCUCUCCAAGAACCAGCAACACCAGUACUACAAAGCCAUGGCUGCCUCCAAUAAGAACUCCAACACGCAGACGCUCACCAGGAAGACCCAGGACAGGCAGGACAGGCAGGACAGGCAGGAGAGACAGGAACGGCUGCUCAUGUCCCCAGACCAUUUGGAGGAAAGGAUGGGCGUCGGUGGGAUGGGUGUUGUAGAUCCGUACGCCCACACGGGAAGCGGGAUCGUCCCCACCCUGCCUCGCCAGCAGAAGGCCCAGUCCCAGCAGAACGUCUGUGCAACGCCUUCCCUCGACCGGCACCACAUGAUCAAGAUGAACUCUCAUCCCACGUCCGGACGGGAGCAGGAGAGGACCACGCCUAUGACGGGGCACAUGAGCGGGGGCAUGGGCUGGGCCGGGGAGGGGCCCGGAGCCGGAGUAGUCAUGGGAACGGGAACACUAGGGGGCCACAGCGCCCGGAGGAUGGCUUUCGCAGCGAAACGGCAGAACACAAUUGAGCAACUACAUUUCAUUCCCGGAGGGGGCGGUGGGGGGUCUGGAGGGGGCGGGGGAGGAGGCAGUCAGGGGAUCAGGACGGGGAGUAAAAAUGAGGUGACGGUGUGA